GGAGUGGACUGGUGGGAAUAUAUAUAUAUAGCUAGCUAGAUAGGGCUUGGUGGGAAUUGUGAAUACUAUUAAAUAAUCCGCUGUGAGUAAAAUCCCGGUGAGGCGGGGACGUGAAGCUAAAAGCUGCUGCAGAGAACACAUGAGAAGAGCUGCGGAGAGUUGUCAUGGGGCGAAAGAAGCCGCCGAAGGAGGGUCGACCCAGACCCAAGGAAUCCCGAUUUAAGAGACCGUCCAAAAGCCUGGAGACCUUCACCUCCGAGGUGCAUGAAGCCUUAGACGCCAGUAUUCAGGGGGACGCUGACGGAGAGCCCAAGGUGAAGUUCCCGUGUGCCCUGGCAAUGUGGGAUCUGGGGCACUGCGAUCCCAAAAGAUGUACGGGUCGAAAGUUGGUCCGGAAAGGUCUGGUCAAGAACCUUCGCAUUAACCAGAGGUUCAACGGUCUGAUCCUAAGUCCUAUGGGGACGCUGUACGUGUCCCCCGCCGACAAGCAGAUCGUCGCUGACGGAGGAGUCGCAGUCAUUGAUUGUUCCUGGGCAAAACUGGAUGAGACGCCAUUUGCAAAAAUGAAAGGAAGUCAUCCUCGACUCUUGCCGUACUUGGUUGCCGCAAACCCUGUCAAUUAUGGCCGCCCCUGCAAAUUGUCCUGUGUGGAGGCCUUUGCUGCAACUUUUUGCAUUGUAGGAUUUCCAGAUUUGGCCGUAAUUUUACUGAGGAAAUUUAAAUGGGGGAAAGUAUUUUUAGAACUGAACAAGGAGCUGCUUGAAAAAUACAGCAAGUGUCAAGACGUGGAAGAAGUGAAGAAGGUGGAAGCAGAGUUUUUGGCUGCAGACAACGACAAAGAUGCAGAAGAAAUAGAUCCUUUUGAUGUUGAUUCUGGCAGAGAGUUUAUGAAUCUCAAUCGAGUCAUCUGCUCAAAAAGAUUACCAAAUGAGGAAGAUGAGGAGGAGGACGAGUCUGAUGAGGAGGAAGAGGAUAGUAGUGAUGCUGCAAAAGGAAGCGAUGAUGGCUCUGGAGAAGAGAGUGAGGAGGAGGAAGGUGAGGCGGCCUGUAGUAAACCCGUUGUUUGGAAAGGAGUCAAAAAGAGACUACGAGACUGAGUUGUGAAAACCAAGCUCAUCACCUCCCCCUUCGAGGACUGUAAGACGUCAUGUAUGUAUAGUGUUUUGUACAGCAAAUGUUGGAGAAUUAAAUUAAAUUUAAGUAGCUUUGA